AUGUGGCAAGGAAUCCAGGCCGUUACAGAUUAUAAGGUGUCUCCAUCGAGAUGCAAGGACAACACAGAUUUCUUAAAUGAGCUAAAUACAUUUUUGGGAAGAUUUGAGUUUGACGGUGAAAACAUGUAUAUGAGUAUGACAGAGCCGAGCCAGGAGUAUGUGCCAGCCAGCCAGUCUUUUCCUGGUCCAAGUCUUGAAAGUGAAGAUUUUAACAUACCUCCCAUUACUCCACCUUCAUUACCUGACAAUUCACUGGUGCAUUUGAAUGACACAGAAUCUGGUUACCCUUCACUGUGUCACCCUAUCAACCAUAAUGGCCUACUUCCAUUCCACCCCCAAAAUAUGGAUCUACCUGAAAUCACAGUCUCAAAUAUGCUUGGCCAAGAUGGAACGAUGCUUUCAAAUACUUUGUCUGUGAUGCAAGAAUUACGGAAUACAGAAGGAACUCAAUAUAAUUCCCACCCCCAGAUAGCAGCCAUGAGGCCAAGAGUCCAGCCUGGAGAUAUGAGGCAACCAGGAAUAAUACAACAUGGUCAGCUGACAACUAUUAACCAGUCACAACUAAGUGCUCAGCUUGGUUUAAAUAUGGGUGGAAACAAUGUUCCUCACAACUCUCCAUCUCCCCCUGGUAGCAAAUCUGCCACUCCUUCACCAUCCAGUUCAGUUCAUGAAGAUGAAGAAGAUACUUCAAAGAUCAAUGGGGGAGAAAAAAGACCUGCCUCUGACAUGGGAAAGAAACCCAAAACUCCUAAGAAGAAGAAAAAGAAGGAUCCUAAUGAGCCACAAAAACCUGUUUCUGCCUAUGCAUUAUUUUUCCGAGAUACUCAAGCAGCUAUUAAGGGCCAAAAUCCAAAUGCUACUUUUGGUGAAGUUUCUAAAAUUGUAGCAUCUAUGUGGGAUGGCUUGGGAGAAGAGCAAAAGCAGGUAUAUAAAAAGAAAACUGAAGCUGCUAAGAAAGAGUAUCUGAAGCAGUUAGCUGCGUAUAGAGCAAGCCUUGUAUCAAAGAGCUACAAUGAGCCCGUGGAUGUUAAAGUAUCCCAGCAACCUCAGAUGAUGAGCCCAAAGCAGCCAGUAUUCCAUGCAUCCACACAGCCUCAUUCGGCAAUGUACUUAGGUUCCCAUUACCAUCAACAAACAGGAAUGAAUUCUCAUAUAACAGCCAUACAUCCCAAUAUUCCAAGGAAUAUAGCACCUAAGCCUAACAACCAAAUGCCAGUGACUGUUUCAAUAGCCAACCUGGCUGUAACUCCUCCACCAACCCUUCAGAUGAGUCCUCCAAUUCAUCCACAUCUCAGUAUACAACAUCAGACACUUACAAUGCAGCAAUCGAUUGGAAAUCAGCUGCCAAUGCAAGUGCAGUCUGCUAUACAUUCACCAACAAUGCAACAAGGUUUUACUCUCCAGCCUGAUUACCAGAAUAUUAUUAAUCCAGCAUCUACAGCUGCACAAGUUGUUACCCAAGCAAUGGAAUAUGUUCGUUCAGGAUGCAGAAAUCCCCCAGCACAGACCGUGGAAUGGAAUAAUGAUUACUGCAGUAAUGGGGCCAUGCCGAGGGACAAAGCGCUGUAUCUUACCUGA